AUGGCGGAGGCAAGUAUUACUAAGGUGGCGGCAGCGCACCUCGAGCAUACCCUGGGUGAAGGUGCCAUCAUCGAGGCCAAGAAUGCGUCCGACGAAGAGCAUUCCCAGACUCUUUUCCAGGCCUUAAAGAGCAAUCGCAAGGCUGUUUUUUGGUCUAUGCUAAUCUCCAUGAGCAUCGUCAUGGAGGGCUACGACACGAUAUUGAUGGGUAAUUUCUUCGGCUACCCUGAGUUUGCGAAAAAGUAUGGCACGGACCAUGGCGGCACUGUCGGAUAUCAGGUUUCAGCGCCCUGGCAGUCGGGCUUGAACAUGGGUAGCACCGUGGGAGCUAUAUUCGGUGGAAUUUUGAACGGCUAUCUCGUAUCUCAGUUCGGUUACCGACUCGUCUUGGUGGGAGCGUUGUUCUUCAUGAACGCUUUCAUCUUCGUUGUAUUUUUUGCCAACUCUGCUGCCGUGCUGCUAGUUGGUCAGCUACUUUGCGGCCUAUCUUGGGGUAUCUUCGCAGUUGCGAGCCCCUCCUACGCCUCGGAAGUCUGCCCAACAAACCUACGGGGAUAUCUCACGACCUAUGUCAACCUAUGCUGGGCCAUUGGCCAGUUCAUCGCCGCAGGUGUACUCGAGGGCCUGAUUCACCGUCGUGACCAAUGGGCAUACAGGAUUCCUUUCGCGAUCCAAUGGAUAUGGCCAGUCCCUCUGAUGAUUUUGUGCUUUUUGGCGCCCGAAUCGCCUUGGUUUCUUGUGCGCAAGGACCGCGUAGAGGACGCCAAACGAAGUCUGCGAAGGCUGGGAGGGAACAAGACUGAAGACCAAAUCAGUGGCCAGCUUGCCAUGAUGGUGCAUACUGUCAACAUUGAGCAAGCCCAAGCUAAGGCAAGCAGGUCCUACGUGGAAUGCUUCAAGGGCACCGACCUCCGGCGCACAGAAAUCUGUUGUGUGGCCUUUCUUGGGCAAAUUCUAUCAGGCAGCUCCUUUUCCUAUAGUCCGUCGUAUUUCCUAGUUGUUAAUGGGAUGAGUCCUGAUCACGCAUAUCAGCUCAACCUCGGGGGCACAGCUAUUGCUUUUCUUGGAACUGUAUUUUCCUGGUUCUUGAUCACGCAUUUUGGCCGUCGAACACUCUACGUCGUGGGCCAAGGUGUCUUAUGCACCACUCUUCUUGUUAUUGGCAUCAUCAACGCUGCAACCUCUGCCAAGGAUGCCAUAUGGGCAGAAGCUGCUUUAUGCAUCUUUUGGCUUCUGGUCUAUGCUCUUACAGUCGGCCCGAUCGCGUACUCAAUUGUUUCCGAGACAUCGUCUAUCCGGCUUAGGCCGCUCACCGUAUCGCUUGCGCGGAGUGCUUACCAGAUUUUAAACGUUAUUUCUCAGGUUCUUGAGCCCUACUUUAUGAACCCAACAGCUUGGAAUGCUUCCGGGAAGACGGGAUUCUUCUGGGGUGGCACUGCUCUGAUGAUGUUCGUUUGGGCCUACUUCCGCCUUCCUGAAACGAAGGGGAGAACGUAUGAAGAGCUGGACAUUCUAUUUGCAAGAAAGGUUUCUGCCCGAAAAUUCUCAUCUGUACAUGUCGACGCAUAUGAGACAGAGGUUGCCACAGAGGCGCCAGAAAAGAAAUGA